UCACCUGCUACAGCUGGAUUUGCUUCCUCGCUUUGCCCCAACUCUAAGUUAAUCGCUUCAAACGACGGUUCAUUUCAUGGAGAUGUUGACGCGGCUUCCUCUUCUGGCCUACUGGAGCCAUUAGGCCUCGAUCUUACCUUAUUCCCCUUUGAUCCUGUCAAUAGGCCUAUCGAUUACAUCCCCACUCGUGACCGCCCAAACGAUGACCCUCGUUGGAUGUUUACUGGUGCUUGGGGUGAGCUUUUUAUUGCCUUCCUAGUAAACCACAUAUAUCGGGGAAUUCGCUGA